UUAACGAAUCGUCGAAUGAAAAUAUUUUUUCUCUGCCCCUUUAUGCUGUGAAGUACUGCUGUAGUUGUGAUUCUGCAUUAUUACAGUGAAGAAAUUAAAGGAGGAAAAUGGUUCUAACAGAUCUUCCAUUUGAAAGAAAUGCCCUCAUACACAGCAGAUACAAUGCAAUCUGUCGACCAGGAAGUGCUCCACCAUUUAAGGCAGAUGAAGAAACUCAUAGGUCUUCUUCCAAGGACUAUGCAGCUUUCCUCAAAGAUCAAGAGAGAAAAGUUGGACCAGAGGGGUUUUUAGAUUCUAACAGAUACUCUCACUCUUUCCUUAUAAAAAAAGAUGCUACUGGACGUCGUAGAGCGGCCAGUGUGUCAGGUCAGCCCUCGGUGGUCACCCUGACCUCUCGUAUAGAGCAGGAUAAAAAGGGCUAUCAAAGACGAAUCAAAGUCAUAGAGGAUCAUAUGUGGCAACACAAACAAGAGGAGAGGGAAUUAAAGAGAACAGAAGGGGAUAUCAUUAAAAACCAGAGGGCAGUCAGACACACUCUCAGGGAUUUUGAAAAUGCUAUAAAUAAGAAGAGAAUGGCAGAAGAGAAGAAGCUUAGUCAGGGUCUGGAGAAAUAUACAGUGCUUAGAAGAGACCAUGUUCAUAAAAAGGAAGAGUUAACAAAGAAUCGCACACAGAAUAAUGUUCAUGCUAACCAGGCUUUCAAAGAUCGGGAUAGAAAAAAUCAGCUUGCAAAGUCAGACUUAUCCAGACAGUACAAAGCUAAGAUGAGUGAAUUGGAGCUUAAGAGAAUGGAUGUCAUGAGAAUGAGUUCUGAUUAUGAGACAAAAAUGAAAAAGAAGGAGGAGGAACAGUUUCGAUUAAAGCAAGAGUUAGCUGACCUUGCAAUCAAAUUGAACAUGGAGGCUCAAAAAGGGAGAAAACAGAAGUUUGAUAUGGAAAAAGAAAAGAAGAAGGAGCAAACUAAUAAAAUUCAAGAGGAUUUAACAGCUGAGAAAACUGUGGAAAAUAAACUAAUGAGAAGUGAUGGCGAUACAAAAGCAGCAGAAUCAACCAAAAGAAAACUCAGUGCUGAUCUAACGGUGACUAAAUCUCAUCUGGACAUCAAAAAACGAGAUGAACAAAGACAUCUGACAGAUACUCAGUUUAGACUUGUAGACAACUCUAACAUACAGAAACAGUUAAAUGAAGCUGCUGAAUAUGCAGAGAUGGACCUUAAGGCAAAACAAAUAGAUAAAAAUGUAGAGGCUCAUAAUAUGAGAAGAAUACAUUUAAUGAAUUCAUCAUUGAAAGCCAGAAAAGAGAAAGGUGCUCAACAUGAAGAAAUAUGCCAAUCUAGAUUCAAAAAGAGAUUCAACGAUAAACAGCGCUUAGAGCAUGAAGAUUCCCUUAAGUUUUUCCAGAAAAUGGUGACAAAGGGUGAUGAUUUGGAGCACUCCUUGUACAACAAGAUGAGGAAUGCCGAGUAUGCUCGCCAGAAGCAGGAGCAGACGGUCAGACGAAUGCAGCAGCAGUUAGCAGAGCUCAAGAGGAAGAAUGCCAUCCGAGUUAAAAAUGAGCUUGCUGAAACUUACAGGGAAGAGACUGAGCUUGAGCAAUCACUUGUAAGAGAAAAGGCAGAAUUAGACAAGGUGCAUGCACAGAGGGAAGAGAGUUAUGAAAAGUUGCAGAAGCAUCGACAGAUGUUGAAAGAAGACAAACACAUCUUAAAGGAGCAUGAACGGGAGCAUACCAGACUGCUUCGAAUAGGAGCAAAAACAGAUACAGCCACUGAAGCUUAUUAAAAGUGACUUGACUGUUGUAAUUGGUUCAAAAGAAGACUGGCUGGUAUGCUUUUUUACCCAAGGUCCUGUGUGACAACUUUACAGUCAUCCAAGCAUUUUGCAUACAUUGUCUUCAUGAUGCUAACCCAGUGUAUCAGUUGAAACAGGGUCACUGAAGUGUUUUGCUAGGUGCAGGGUCAUCUGAAUGUUUAACAGUUGCAUGAAAACAUGUUCUCUUUCCUCUUGAUUCAUGGUUGAAUCUCUUGCAAGUAACUGAAAGUAAAUCACAUAGUUUGCAUCUCACAAAAACAUAGGAAAAGCACAAGCCCUGAGAAGUUUUAUUCUAGUCACCAAUUGUCACAGACAGAAUUACAAUUUGGUCAUUCUUACAAUUCCAUAAUUAGUAAAUUGUGGCCCCUAAAUUCUGUUAAGAUUUAGUUUAAUAUUUAAGCACCGAAUUGGCUUUAUGUAAGAAUUGUGUAAUGUAUUUAUGAAUUGAUAAAUCCAUUUGCAUUCUAUAAAUGUGUGUCUAGUGCGUUACUUAUUCUACCUAUGAAAUUUACUCAGAAUAACUCUGAAAAGAGACAUGUUAACUAUGAUUCCUUACCUCUAGGCAUCAGUUUUUAACUCCUCAUGCAAACUAGCUUUUAUUGCCUUUAUUUUUUAUGUAAUAUAAAUGUUUUUUUAAAAAAUGCCAAUUUUUGUAAAGCUAUCGCAUCUUUUUUUAAAAUUUAAUUUUGUUUGCAGCAUGUUCCAGAACUCUGACAGAAAUUAUUUUAGUAUCCCAUUGUACAGACAUUUGUAUGAAGUUUAAUAACAAAUAUAUAAAGGAUUGUUAACAGAAACAGAGAAGGAUAUAAAAUGUGUGAAAGUGGAUCAGAUGACCUUAACGAAACUGACGAUGUAUUUUGUCCAUUCUUUUUUAUGUUGAGUAGUAUUCAGGUGUCUUUACACAUUUGGAAGUGUUUGGUGCUAGAAAUUCAGGGACUCUUGCCCUUAAUUCUUUCUAAAAAUAACCCUUUUAGCACAUCUGGUUAUCACUGAGGGAAAAGAUAGUUUACAAGGAAAAAAUUACCAUUUGCAGUUGUAUGUAUUAUCUGGAAUCAGAAUGGCUUAUUUCUGGCCAACAAAUUCAACUUUACAAUUUUGUACAAUGUGCUCAGAAUUAUAGUCUAUAAUCUGUCUCCUUUGAGAUGAAUAGUCCCAUAAAUUUAAUUCAUGUAAUAUUUAAUGUUAGGUAUUAAAAUGACACAACUCCAAUUAAAAUGUGACAAUUUGAUACAAACUGUUUUAUUAGACAGUCAAUUUGGUGGCAAAAUGAUGUGUUAAUCUGCAUUACUGGUGAAUUCAUGGGGUGUUAGAUAUCCUUUAUAAUACAGACUUAAUGGGGAAAUGUGAAGAUGAGUCUCAAAAGUGCUUAAGAUUUCAAGUGAUACUGAUUUAAAAGUCAGUCUAGAAUUGUAAUGUGUUGUUCACAUACAAUGUCACAGGAUAUUAGAACUGCCUUUUGUUGAAGUUUUUGUUGCUUCUCUUAAAUGCAUGCCUUAAACUCGGUCUCAUUGUGGUUGUUCUACAUAUAUAUUGAAGAAAUCAUAUGAUUUUCUAUUGGGAAAUCAUUGUACUGCAAUCUUUAUAGAUAAAAAUACAUAAAAAAAGUUAAUAUUGUGUUUUAAUCCAUAACUAAAUCUUAUUUUGAUUUAUGUGGAUGGAGAAUUUUUGUCUGUAUAUUUUCAAUCAUUCCGUGCCUCUAUGUCAUGUGCCAACAUAAACUAGAUCUGUCUUGGGAUUUCAUUACAAGGCCUCUGCUUUGAAGACAAUGUUAUUUGUGAUGUUAUACAAAACACAGUAAUUACUGUUUACUGAUUUAUGUCACAUUUUUAUUUUCUGGCUGUGAGAAUUUAUUUUUAUUUUGACAUACAUAUCGAUGUUUUUUUUUUCUAACUAAGCAUACUCUUUACCUUGUGUUAAA